UUUGGAUCGGAAGUUAGAAAACAAAAACAAGGAAAACAAAAACAGCUAGAAACCUCUUGCAUCAAAAGGAGCAGAAGCCGCAACACGGAGAGGAGAGGCCUGCAAGAGCGCAUGACACGUGGCAGAAGGGAGAUGACUCGAAUUUAUGACGAUACACGGAAGACCCACAGCUCAAUUCCUUGCCGGUAAAAAUCUUGACAUUCAGUCCUUUUCUCCUCUUCUUUUUUAUCCAUUUACUCGGUUGUGAUAGAAGUAGAGCACUUACUUUAUUUGCUUUCAUCUGAGGAAAGGAUAAGAUUCAAAAUCAGGAAAAAAUUAGGUCACAGAUUUAGGAUCGAUCGGGUCAGCUUUCUUGCUUGCUUGCUUGCUAGCUAGCUAGCUGACAAGAGGAUGGGCCGUAAGAAAGUGGAGCUAAAGCGAAUUGAAAACAAGAGCAGUCGCCAAGUUACUUUCUCAAAGAGGCGAAAUGGAUUGUUCAAGAAAGCUCGUGAACUCUCCGUUCUUUGUGACGUACAAGUCGCCGUCCUCGUCUUUUCAAGUAGCGGCAAGCUUUAUGAAUUCUCUAGCGUUGGCAGUAUAACAAGUAUCCUCAAGCAUUACAUGAGUCAUUUUAAAAAGAUGGCAACUUCAUCCAAAGAUGUUAAUCAUGCAAAGGCAUAUUGUGAUAAACAUGCAAACUUGAAAUCACUUCCAGAGUUACAACUAAUGGUUGAAAGGAUCCUUGAAGGUCCAUAUGCUAUGGAGUUAGCCUUGAGUAACCUCGUGGAACUAGAGAAACAACUGCAAGCUACUCUAACAUAUGUCAGAGCUAGAAAGAUACAAAUGAUGUUGGAAUCAGUGAAGUCCCUCCACGACCAGCAGGAAAAGAUGCUGAAAGAAGAAAACCAGCUGCUAGAGAAACAGGAAAAGAUGCUGAAAGAAGAAAACCAGCUGCUAGAGAAACAGAUUGAAGCAAUGAAGAACGGUACAGACUCGGAUCACCCUCUGUGUCAUCCUCCACAACAAACUACACUGAGUUUGCUUAAAUAGUAAGGCAGCACAUGCAGUGUGAUAACUUACCGCUGGAGGCGGCUAUAAUGGCAGGAAAUCUAGUUACCUCUUCGAUCUCACAUGCAUGCACUACACAACAUUUUACCUUCAUUAUCUUCCUGCUGAAGUUGCAUUUGCACCGUUUCUGCUUCUCUUCUCUUUCUUAUUUGAGCUGAUGUUUAAGUAUCCUCCACCCUCCCAAGCAUUUUAACUCUUUCCAAACAUUUCCAUUUAUUCAAAAUUAAGCAUAUAUUUAUCAUUGACUGAAUUCUAUUAAGCCCCGAUACAGUGUUCCACUAUGGCCUGUGUUAACCUUCAUUGUCAGUAAAUGAAUUUGAGGGUUGCAACAUGUGGAAAAUUGGAUUGUAAAGAUACAUAACAUUCAUAUAUAUGUGUGUGCUCGCGCGCUCGCCCAUGUGCAUGCAUGGUUUAUUUAA